CGAACGUUGGUCAACACUGAAAAUUUAAGCUCGAGUAAAACAUAAAAAAAAUAAAUCUUACGCUAAUUUUUGCAAUUUAAGUUCUCAUCAUGAACAUAAAUCUACCGAAUUUCAAUGUAAAGAAUCUGGUCAAGGAGGCGGGCAGCACAAUAUCGCGCGUUGUCCAGCUCACAGAAGAGAAACUGGGCACAACUGAACGUACGGAAUACGAUUUGCAUUUUCAAAAUUUAGCUGAACGUGCCGAUGUAACGAAAUCAUGGACGGAAAAAAUUGUCCGGGAUACCGAAUCGGUGCUAAUACCAAAUCCUCAGAAUCGUGUGGAGGAUUUCAUUUUCGAGAAAAUCGAGAAAACAAAACCAAAACGUUUAAGCAAUUUGGAGCACUUGGCUUUGGAUAUGAUCGAGGCUGGCGGAGAUUUCGGCCAGGAUAUGGCCUAUGGUCAGGCUCUUAUCAAGGUGGGUCAGGCCGAACAGAAGCUGGGCCAGUGUGAGCAUGAUUUCAUUGCCACAUCGGGCAUAUGCUUUACGCAACCUUUGCGCAAAUUUCUCGAUGGUGAGAUGAAAACCAUCAGCAAGGAGAGGGGCAUAUUGGAGACGAAACGUUUGGACUUGGAUGCCUGCAAAAAUCGUGUAAAAAAGGCACGCAGCAUGCUGGGUCAACAGUCGAAAGAUGGCAUCUCGCCAGAAGUUGUCUUCGAACAGGCUGAACGCGAUUUGCGUGUAGCUCAAGCAGAAUUCGAUCGCCAGUCGGAGAUUACCAAACUUCUGCUAGAUGGGAUUAGUACAUCACAAGCAUCACAUUUGCGUCACCUGCAUGCAUUUGUCCAGGCACAGGUACGCUACUAUAAGCAAUGCGGCGAUGUUAUGGAGCAACUGCAACGCGAACUAGCCAAUUUGGGAGGCCCGACACCAUAUAUACCGCUCGAUGUGAAUGAAGCUGGUGGAGCCGGCAACAAGUCCAAUACAUCUGGCGGAUCAUCUGGUCGUGGCAGUAAUAAUAAUAGCAACAAUCAGGCCACGGCUGGUCAGCCCAUUAAUGUCAAUACGGAUCAAAUGCAGCGAGCUCGUGUCUUGUGCUCAUAUGAUGCCAAAGAUCACACCGAACUGAAUCUCAGUGCAAAUGAGGUUAUCUUUGUUACAGAAUGCUCGCCUGUCAAUGAGGAUUACAUGUACGGCAAGCAGGGCCUAAUGAAAGGUCUUGUGCCUCGAGCUUUUGUUGAAAUGCUAGAUGAGCAGGACAUUGCCUUCUAAAGCAAAAAAAAAAAAAAGGGGGAUACCCCAAAACACAAUACUCAUAUACAAUAUACAUUCACAAGCUAUAUAUACACAGAUAUAUGUUAUAUAGGCAAAGGCAAUUGGACAAUUAUAUAAUGUGGUCGGGUCAGCAAUAACUAACUGAUCCUGGCAAGAGAGAGUACAAUAAUUUAUCACAUAUACAUAUUAAAUAUACAUUUAGACAUAUUAGAGAGCCUUUUCCUAGUUUAGAUCACGUUUCAUUUGCUUUAUUCCUAUUCCUUCUUACAACUGCUUUCAAAAGUCUGCUUAAACUACAAAAACAAUUAUGAAAAUCUAACAUUUUUAGCUCGUUACAUGAAUCUCUUAUAUAUAACUAAAACAAAAACAAAAAGAAUGAUCUUAUUCGAAAUCAAACUCAAUUACCUAUUUAAAAAUUUAUUGGGAAAUUCUCGAAAAAUUUAUUAUUGUUAACUAUAACUAUAUAUAUAUAUAUGAAUCUACUAUGAAAGAUUAUUACUCAAAGUAUUAUAUUUUGUGUUAUAUUGUUUAAUGUUAGUUUAAAAAAUACGAAACUAUCAAGAAAAUGCGCUUUUAAAUAUAUAUAUAUAAAUUAUAUCAUAA